GGACGGGGGGCGGGUGUGUGCGGGCGCGGUGGUCAUCGGGCAUGUGUGUAAAUACCUACGUGUCAAGAGUAAAACUUCUCAGCUAUAAUGUCCAAUAAAGGGAAGCCCAGUGUGAGAGAGGCAGAAAUUGAGAAGUGUCGUGAAGAGGCAAACUGGAAGAGGGUCAUUGAUCUGGCCGAGCAGGGGAAACAGCGUAAUCCCUCCACAGAGCCACUGGCCAAUUUCCUGAUCGCCGAGGCGCGCCUGGAGUACUACCUGGAGGAGAACCCGCCGAGCGAUGCCAACCAGGAGAAAGCUCGCCGCGAGCUGCGCGACGUGGAGCGGCUGCUGACAAUGGCAGCCACCUCUGACUGUCCACAGAAGAUGGACAUGAUGAUAGACGCCCACCUGCUGCUGGGCAAGGUGCACCACGCCAUGGGCCUGCACGAGGACGCUCUGCUCGACCUGUCGCGCGCCGGCCUCGACACGCUCGCCAAGCGUCAGCUGCCCACCCGCAGUCUGCGCGUGGUCGCCGAGUCGUACGCCGUGAAGGGCCUGUGCCUGGAGAAGGCGCCGCUGGCCAGCAGCAGCAAGUUCAAGGCGGCUGAGCGUGAGGAGGGCGUCAUUGGCUCUUUCGAGCUGGCCAGCGACCUGGCCCUGCUCUACCUGCAGGAGGUCGACAAGAGCUCCAACAUGCAGAGCACGUGGAGCGUGCACACAGCUGGCUCCUCCAGCUCGCCUCUACCGCCGCACCCGGAGAACCGGCUGGGCCUGAUCCUGGAGACGGCGCUGCAGAAGGCUCCCAUCCUCAUCCUCAAGGCCAAUCAGAUGCCCCGGGCCAUUCGGCGGUACAGGAUGAUCCUGGGCGCGGUGGAGACGUCGGCCACGCAGGGCGUCCGACUGGCCAUGGCCCGCCGGCUGGCCGAGAUCCUGCUCAGGGGCGUCAGCGACAAGGCUUACGAGAAGCUGGAGGCGAUCCUUGUCAGCGACCAAAAGAAGAGCUCGAUUGGUGGCCGGUCGGUGGUGUCGCCGUGGAAACCGCGGCGCCAGGUGGGCAGCAAUCUGUUCGUGCCCAAGGACAUCAACGAGGAGAUAGUGCUGCUGCUGCUAAUCAGCGAGGCUCUGGCGGUGCGGGAGGCCGUGCUGACCCAGUCGCCGGAGACGGCCGAGGCGCGUCAGAAGUCCUACGGCGUCGCCACCUCCGUCUACGACCUGAUGACGAUGGCGUUGGUCAGAAAGGGCCAGGCUGUCAUGCUGUGCGAGUCGCUGGAGCGGGCGCUGCGCUUCAGUUUCGAGGAGGCGCACGUGUGGCAGCAGUACGCGCUGUCGUUGGCGGCGGCCGGCCGGCCGCAGCGCGCCCAGCUGGUGCUCGAGGAGGCCUUCCGGCUGAACCCGGACAAGGCGGUGCUGCCGCUGCUGGCGGCGCGCCUCUGCUACGAGAACCUGCACCGGUUUGAGGACGGGGUGCGAUGGAGCGAGCGCGCCCUGCGCCAGGAGUCCUCUGAGUCGCACGGCCUGGCCAGCCGCUGCCACCUGUACCUGGGCAUCGGCCAGAUGCUGCAGGCCGGCGUGUCGCGCCAGCAGCAGGAGAAGCAGCGGCUGGCCGACGCCGCGCUCGACAACUUCCGCAGGUGUCACGAGCUGGACCCGGGUGACCAUCUGGCCGCCUUCUACAUGGGUUACCAGAUGGCGCGGGCACGCCAGGUGGCGGCGGCCGUGGCGCACGUGCGCACCGCGCUGGAGCGGCGGCCGGACCACUUGGGUUCGCUGCACCUGCUGGCCCUGCUGCUGACCGCCCAGAACCAGCACAGCGGCGCUCUGGAGCUGCUGCGCGUGGCCCAGGACGAGUACCCGGAGGACCUCCAGCUGAUGUUCACUCGCGUCCACGUGGAGGAGUAUUGCAACGGUGGAGAGGCGGCGCUGAUCGUGGCGCGGGAGAUGCUGGAGCAGUGGAAGGGGAUCUACGAUGCCCGCAUGGCGGAGAACAGUCUGGACACUGACCGACAGUACUCGGUCGUCUCCGACCCCGAUUCAGCGGAUAAAGUAGCGCGCCACGUGGUGCUCUCGCCGCUGGAGACGCUGGCCAUCCCGGUCCUGGGGCCGAACCACCUGUUGCCCUCGCCCGCCGGCUCCGAGUGCGAAGGCUCCGUGCGCGCGUCGUCCACCAUCGCGCCGUCUCGCGUAGAGCAGGCGCUCUCCGAGGUGGCCUCGUCGCUGACGUCCAGCCAGCCGCGGCCGGGGCCGCAGCAGGUCUGGGACCUGCAGAUCCGGAUAUGGCUGCUCGUCGCCGACCUCUACCUCAAACUGGGCCAGACCAACCAGGCCAUCUCGUGUGUGCAGGAGGCGGCCACCAUCGCGCCCGCCUCGCACCAUGUGCUGUACUUCAAGGGACUGGUGCACGUGUAUAAGAACGAGUUCGAGGAGGCCAAGGUCCACUUCAACGAUGCGCUGGCGCUGAACCCGCACCACAUCAAGAGCAUGCAGCACCUGGGUCUGGUGCAUCACUACCUGGGCAGCCACCGUCUGGCCGAGAAGAUGCUGCGGGACGCCAUCCAGCUGGAGCCGCUGGUGCACCAGAGCUGGUACAACCUGGGCAAGGUGCUGGAGUUUCUGGGCGAGAACGAGGCGGCGGCCGACUGCUUCAUGACGGCCGUCGACAUCGAGGCGACGGCGCCUGUGCUGCCGUUCACCGCCGUGCCGCUCUGCUUCGAGUGACGCCCGCCAGCGGCGCUGCCGGGCGGCUUCAUGACGGCCGUCGACAUCGAGGCGACGGCGCCUGUGCUGCCGUUCACCGCCGUGCCGCUCUGCUUCGAGUGACGCCCGCCAGCGGCGCUGCCGGGCGGCUUCAUGACGGCCGUGGACAUCGAGGCGAUGGCGCCUGUGCUGCUGUUCACCGCCGUGCCGCUCUGCUUCGAGUGACGCCCGCCAGGGGCGCUGCCGGGCGGCGGUCUCUGGGUACCGGGGCGGCUCGGCUGCAUUGGCGUGAAUCAUUUGUUAUCUGUGUACCGUGGAACAAGGGUUUUUACCCCGUAGAGAGCUAAAACUAGUGUGUCUAGUCCACGUGUGUGUUUGUUGACGUGUGAGGUGGCUCGCAAUAUGGAGUGCCACGGUGGUUGUGCGUCGUUCGCUGGUGUUGUGCUAGUCACCGUUAGCUGGAUUUGCUAUCGUGCCGCGUCGGCUCUUCUCACCGGACCCUGCCGGUUUGUGACGGUCGGUGUAGUGUUGCCUGCAGGCCGGUGAGCGGGGAGUCACCGGAGCUCAGCGGUGGAGCGUCUGUAUCGCGGCCGGCAGAUUGCCUCUUCAGACUCAGCAGCUGUUCCGUUUUUGACGCGGCUGUCACGGUGACCGUGGGCGACUCCCGCGGCGCGGACCGGGACGCGGUCGUGCGUCGCACAACAAUCAAAACACUGACACGCUUCUCCUCCGGAUCCCCCGCCCUGUCGCGGCCCGUGCUGGUGUUAUGGCUCCUUCAGGCGUGCGGGCGGACUCGCGGCCGACGUUCCCAGACCACUCGGCAUGUCCGCUUCAACGAUGUGCAAGAAGUGAAUAUGACGAACUUGUUGUAAAUGGUGUCUCUGACGUGGGCUGUAAGGCAGCUUGUGUUCCGUCAACACUUGAGCGGUGCGUUGUGCGUGACGCUGGUAUGAAGUCAGCGUUGGCACCGUACCACUAAUGUGGCCAUCGCGAGGCCUGGACUUCCCUUCCGCGCUCGUCCGUUCCUGUGAUACGACAUUCCUCCCGCGCAUCGCGGUGUGGCGUCACCCGAGGUCGGACCUGAUUGGCCCGGAGUCAUGUCCGGUCCGUGUGACGUCAUUGUCACGGCGCAUUUAGGCACCGCAGUUCGGUCUGGUGCUGGCUGACUGUUCCACGGUGGGGGCGACGACGGCUUACACAAUACAUACAUG